AUGAGCCAACUUCAAGGAGUGGAGGGAAAGCUACUGCAGUUCAACUAUAAAAGGAAGGCUCAUGGAUACCAGUCAUUAAUCAUGAUUUGGGAUGGCACAAGUGAUCUUGAGAUAGGGACGAAAAGAGUGUCUGUUAAUCAAAUUGGGAUGAUGAAACAACCAAAAUCAUUCAAUUCGGUAGCUGGUUUAGUUCAGCCACUAGAAGCCUCAACAAUAGGCUGCUUCGACAACACAAUACCAUCCAAAGAGGUUCUCGAUGUGUGGCGAAAUGCCAAAGUCGUAUACUUUGAUGUGGACAACACAGUCUGCCUAAAUGAGGGCAUUGAUGAACUUGCAGAAUUUUGUGGAGUUGGAAAGGCAGUUGUAGAGGGGACUGCUAGUUUGACAUUUCUUUUUUCCUUAGUUUUUGCCAAGGAAAUAAAUGGUUCUAUGCCUUUUGAGGAAGCUUUGGCUGCCAGACUCUCUCUCUUUAACCUUUCGCUGGCUCAAGUCCAAGAUUUCCUUGAGAAAAGAUCUCCAAGGUGUGGGAACUGUACUUUCUUAUCAGAAGCACAUCGCACUUCUUGGUUGAGGGAUAAUGGUACCAAUGUCUAUCUGGUCUUUAGUGGCUUUCGCCAAAUGAUCAAUGUAUUCAUUCUCUUGAAGCCCGUUGCAUUUAUUCUUGGCAUACCACUUGAAAACAUUUUUGCCAAUAAACUGCUGUUUGGAGCUCUGGAGAGUUUUUGGGGUUUGAUACAAAUGAGCCAACUUCAAGGAGUGGAGAAAAAGCUACUGCACAUUGUAGAUGAUCAGUCAAUUUGGUGUUUGUUUUAG